AAGAGAUUAAAAAGAGGGACUAUAUGUGGUAGAAGGGAUUUAGAGAGUAAUGAUACGCAAAUCGCGAAUUAUGUCUAUUGCAAGUUUGCAACCAAGUAUGAAUGAAGUAAGUAUAUAUGAAAAUAUAUAAUUUUAUUGAAUAUUAUUAGAUUCAUCCGAGUACGCUUUUUGGAGAUAUCAACUUUUUAAAAUUCUUACAAAAAAUUAAGUUUAUAUAUUAAUUAUCGAAAGAUUGUAGAUUGUAACAUGCAACUAGUAAAAAAUUUCUUACAAAAAAUUAAGUUUAUAUAUUAAUUAUCGAAAUUGUAGGUUGAGAUUGUAGAUUGUAACAUGCAACUAGUAAAAAAUGGGGACAUUUUUUUUACCCCUUUCGAAAACGUGUGGUAAAAUGAAUUUCUUUUGAACUGUCCUCGCACAGUGCCAACUCACCCAGCCCAACAAGCCCCAACCCUUCCUAAAUCUAUAAUAAGAAUCGAUAAAAAGCCAAGUUUGAAAAUUCAUUCAAUUUGAUUUAGUUCCUAAAUCUGAACUCAGGAAAUCUCCUAAACUUGGUGGAAAGAAUCUACAUUUCAAUUCAAUUUAGAGAAAGAUGGAGGAAGUGAGAUUGUUAAUGGAGCAACAUUUGAAUCAAAUGGCGGAUCUUAUUCAGAAAUUUUCUUCUGAAUUUCGCUCUGGUAUGGGCCCCGCUUAUGAUAAUUUCAUCGGUUUUUUCCACGCCAUUGAUUGGAAGGAGCCUUGGUUAAUGGGCAUAUUGGGAUUCUAUGCAUUGCUAUUGCUAGUAACUAUCAUCUCCAAGAGCCAUGUCAACUUCCAGAUGUGCCUUUUCCUUCUUGCUCUUUCUGGUGUGUAUCUUGCUGAGAGACUUAAUCGGUUCCUGGGUAAUCAGUGGCAAUUUUUUGCUACUCAGAACUAUUUCGAUCCACAUGGCAUUUUCCUUUCUGUGCUAUGGUCUGGCCCGCUCCUCUUAAUCGCAAUCUUAAUCUUGAUAAAUACCCUCUUUUCUAUGUGUCAUCUAAUCAUUCAGUGGAAAAGGGCCGAGCUCAGACACCGUGCAAGACUUUCUCAGAAGAAGGAUAGUUGAGUUUGUAGUCAACACAAUUUUGUCAGUGAAUGAUCUAUUGAUCUCUUUGUUGAUCAAAAGACAAAGAAUGCCUUGCUGAAGGUGUAUGACAACAACAGGAUAUUCGACAGUUAGAUAUCACUCAGAAGCUUAGGUUAGUGUCAAUGAGUAAAUUUUGAACAUUUAGGUCAUGGUCUUGCCGCGACUCCCAUGUUUCUGGUGUAGUUUUCUUGACGUUUUAGCUUGUCUCUAUAUAAGCAAGGGGGGAAAUGGUGAAUUUUCUUGUAUAAUGAUACAAUUAUUUGCUCAGUUUUAAAUGAAAUAAGAGUUCCUCA